CUUAGAAAGAGAGUUAGCAGUUCUACUUGUAAUGAGUUGACUCAUGCAUAAAUUUCGAUUGUUUUCCUGCAGGUAGGGCUUCAGCAAUCCCCGAGGCUGCCACCUCCGACCCCACAGCUCCGGGGGAAGUGGUACCGUCAGGACCUGCCGCCGCCGCUCCUCCUCAUUUUGAACCAGCCCCCGUGGAGCUCUGCAGCACGGGCCGAACUCAAAGCCUCCCGGAAACCGUUUGCAGCGGUGCAACGCCGGACCCCCAAAACCUCCUCCCACCCCCUAUGACACCCCCUCCGCCUCCUCUGACUGCCGCCGACAUGGAUGACCUCCCKCUUCCCUCCCCGCCGAUCCUACCUCCUCCUCCUCUAUCAGUCAAAUCUGCUUCUACCUCCAGUCCCCCUCUCUCCUGCCUUUCGCCGUCCCCGCCUCUGGUCGAGAGCCCUCAGCGUCCCACCACCCUCAACCUGAGGACUCUUCCGCGGCCCACCGUCAGGGAGAACGGCGGCCCCCUUCAUCAAAUGGCYGAGGAAGAAGAGGAAAGAAAAAUGCUGGAAGAGGAUCUGAAAAAAUGCAUCGACGACUUCAAAAAGAUCCGCUUGCCCAACGCGUUCCCAGACCGUAAGAGGCACUGGCAGAGUGACUUACUGAAGAAGUACAACGCUUAGAGAACUUCCUGUGGUACCGUAGUGAGCAAACUUGACAAGGACUUUCAGAGAACAGUGGACUGAAGCUCAUAUUGUUCUGAUUUGAAGUGUCAUUAAGAUUACUUACAGUAGACCGGUAAUAGCUUUUGAACCUAAUUGUUUGAUGAAGUUAAGUGCUCAGGCUGAGCUUGUCAGGUAAUCAAAUAAAGACAAGAAAAGAGCAUCCCCGUAGAGACUGAUAGUUCCAUCUAGUUUUAAUCAUAGACUAAUUAUAUAUGGUAGAAAUAAUUCUCCGUACACUCAAUCAAAGUGAACCACGUGCGGUGUCAUUUAUUCAAGGUUUCUGCUCCUCUCUCUGUACCACGUCUCUGAUCAAACAGCCGGAAAAUGUCGGCAAAUUGUGAAGCUUAAAAGCGUUUGACCACAAUGAUGCAAAAUAAAAGAAAGAAGUGAAAUUUCUGGUGCUAAUCUCGACUCGCUCACCUCAUCAAUAUUACAUGCAUGACUUCAAAGCCUUUCAAUACACAAGCCCCACAGUUUUGCUUCGUUUCGUSUUUAUCUCCCAGCCAGCAAAGGGGAAGAAUUCGGAGAAAGAAUGGAGCGUAUCAGGAAGCGGAGCGUGGGUAAUUACGGGGCCAGCCAGAACGUGGAAUAAGAAUGACAGUAAUGGCUACAUGAACCAGUGCACAGCACCAUUUGUUCCUCUAUCUGCUCCGAGUUAAAAAGCUCAUCCAGCCACACUAAUGAAUUACCAGGUGUCUUUGUGUCGCCGUCAUUGUGGGAAAAAUCACAAGUGACUCAGAAUAAAAUUGCACAAUACUU